GUGCUGACCCCAUGGCACUGAGAGAACAACUCUUUGUCCUCUGGACCAGAAAAGAGCUGGAGGCGGUGAGAAAGAGCUGUAAUUACAGUGUGUCUCUGUCAUCAACUUCACAGUCAGGCCCUGUGUGGAGGCUGGUGACUUGAAAAAUUGAGGAGGAUGGGAGACCCACGGUAUAGCCGCGGACAGCAUGGAGACGACAAAGCAUGUUUCAAAAAUCGUCAAAGACAAGUUAGUUUAACCUAAAAUAUUUAAUAAAGACAUUUAUAGUAAAAUAUUAUGGGGAAUGGGAAUGAGAGGGCUACACAGCAGUGAUUGAAUACGGGUAUGAGGCAUGAGUUGAGGUGUUCAGAGGCUUGACUUAAGUGCAGGAAAGGGUUCUGAAUAUGAAGCUGAAGGUUCGAGUUGCCAAACGUCAGCCUCGAAACCUUAAUGACUUGGAGAAGAUCUGCAAAGAGGAGUGGAACGAAAUCCCUCCUGAGAUGUGUGCAAACCUGGUGGCCAACUACAUGAAACGUCUGACCUUUGUGAUUGCCAACAAGGGUUUUGCCACCAAGUACUAAGUUGUUUUGCAGAGGGGUCAAAUACUUAUUUCCCUCAUUAAAAUGCAAAUCAAUUUAUAAUUUAUAAUAUAAUUUUAUAUUUUGACAUGGAUAUAGCGUCUGCUAAAUGACGAAAAUGUAAAAUGUAAAAUGAAUGCAUUUGACACCUUGUAGUCCAUGCCCAGACAAAUUGAGGGUGUUCUGAGGUCAAAAGGGAGUGCAACUCAUUAUUAGGAUGGUGUUCCUAAUGUUUUCUACACUCAGUGUAUACAAGGUUUACAUACAAAAUUAUGGUCCCAUGUCCAUCGGUUCAGUUCUUAUAGCCCUGGUGUGAUGUGGUGUCAUCUAGUGGUGUAGCGUGGCUGACUUUGAAUGCAGCAACUCUGGAGUCAAUCCGACUAAUAGUUCAUGAGAAGAAGAUUAAGUAUUUUUAGUUACACAGAUCAGAAUUGGAUCAGAGGCUAACAUUGGAAUAAUAUUCAAAUCUAUUUUUAAUGUAUAAAAAAGCCUACAUGUCAAAGUUUAGGUGAUAUGCAUAUUGGCUACAGCCUCCUGUACAAACAUGAUACUGACAUGAGGAAGGCGCCAAAAGGCAUGUGGGAGACUCCCCAAACAUAUUUAAAGAAGGUACUCUGGUUGAGCUUUUUGGCCAUCAAAGAUAACACUAUGUCUGGCGCAAACCCAACACCUCUCAUCACCCCGAGAACUCCAUCCACACAGUGAAGCAUGGUGGUGGCAGCAUCAUGCUGUGGGGAUGUUUUUCAUCGGCAGAGACAGGGAAACUGGUCAGAAUUGAAGGAAUGAUGGAUGGCACUAAAUACAGGGAAAUUAUUGAGGGAAACCUCUUUCAGUCUUCCAGAGAUUUGAGACUGGGACGGAGGUUCACCUUCCAGCAGGACAAUGACCCUAAGCAUACUGCUAAAGCAACACUCGAGUGGUUUAAGGGGAAACAUUUAUAUGUCUUGGAAUGGCCUAGUCAAAGCUCAGACCUCAAUCCAAUUGAGAAUCUGUGGUAUGACUUAAAGAUUGCUGUACACCAGCGGAACCCAUCCAACUUGAAGGAGCUGGAGCAGUUUUGCCUUGAAGAAUGGGCAAAAAUCCCAGUGGCUAGAUGUGCCAAGCUUAUAGAGACAUACCCCAAGAGACUUUUAGCUGUAAUUGCUGCAAAAGGUGGUAUUGACUUUGGGGGGGGUGAAUAGUUAUGCAUGCUCAAGUUUUCUGUUUUGUUGUCUUAUUUCUUGUUUGUUUCACAAUACAAAAUAUUUAGCAUCUUCAAAGUGGUAGGCAUGUUGUGUAAAUCAAAUGAUUCAAACCCCCAAAAAAGCCAUUUUAAUUCCAGGUUGUAAGGCAACAAAAUAGGAAAGAUGCCAAGGGGGGUGAAUACUUUCGCAAGCCACUGUGCUGGAGCCGACCCCCACGACGUCGCGAGUCCAGGAGGGAUCUGACAGCAUAGGCAGGGCUUCCCUCAAUGUCCAGGGGAGGUGGAGAAUUGACGUGGGGGACGGCAUCAGCCAGGGGACCAGGAACCACCGGGCUGAGGAGGGAAACGUGAAAAGAGGGUGAGAUCCGGUAGUUAGGGGGAAGCUGUAAUCGGUAUGUUACCUCAUUGACCCUCCAGAUGACUUUGAAUGGCCCCACAAACCGAGGGCUCAGCUUCCAGCAGGGCAUGCGGAGCGGGAGGUUCCUGGUGGAGAGCCAGGCGUGAUCACCAGGAUGGAACACAGGAGCCUCACUGCGGUGGAGAUCCGCUUGCUCCUUUUGGCUGCGGAUGGCACGUUGGAGCCUCACGUGGGCAGUGUUCCAAACUUCCUCGGCACGCCGGAACCACUUGUCCACUGCAGGGGCAUCGGUCUGGUUCGGGGUCCACGGGGCCGGGUGGUACCCCAGGACACACUCGCCACGAAGAAGAAACCUGACGAUGCAGGGGAGGUGGAUGGGCGGAUGAAACCAUGUUGGAGAGCCUCCUGGAUGUAUUCCUCCAUAGCCUUGGUUUCAGCCACCGACAGGGGGUAGAUGCGGCUGCACGGAGGCGGCGAGUCUGUUAGCUGGUCAAUGGCACAGUCCCAGGGGCGAUGAGGAGGGAGACAGGUGGCGUGGGUCUUGGAGAAAACCUCCCGGAGAUGCUGGUAAACCUCCAGGAUGUCGGCCUGGAGGGCAACCACAGGACUCUCAACCGACGUGGAACCACAGGGUAAGGAAACGCAGGUCUUACGACAUCUGGUUUCCCAGGCCGUGAUCUCCAUCCUCGACCAGGAGAUGGUGGGGUCGUGGCGUUGGAGCCACGGGAGGCCGAGGAUGACUUUAUGUACGGGUGCCUGGAUGAUGAUGAGGAAGAGAAGGUUUUCUUGGUGCUGAGGUCCCACGGUAAUGGUGAGUGGUGCUGUGAUAUGUGUAAUUGUUCCAGAUCCCAGUGGUCGGUUAUCCAGCGCUUGAACCAGAAACGGAGAGGAGAGCGGGUAUGUUGCUAUGUUCAGGGAGGAGGCAAGGACCUGGUCAAUAAAAUUCCCCGUGGCACCGGAGUCAACUAGAGCUGUAGAAACACCACAUGAAGGACAGCCAGCUAGUGAAAUCGGUACUAAAAACUAAAAAGGGCUUGGUGGAGAGUGAUGAUGGAAUACUCACACCUACCCCAGGAGAUGGAUGAUCACGGGGCCGUCCCUCUGCUCUAGUGGCUCCCGGGUUGGGAAGUAGCGGACACCGUUGAAGCUGGUGCCCCUCUUGACCACAAUAGGGACAGAGCCCCAGCUGUCUCCGACGCCGUCGCUCAGCCGCGGGGAGGCGUGUGGCCCCUACCUCCAUGGGUUCAGACUGACUCAGAUCGGUCAACGAAAGAGGGAGAGAGGCGAUGGGAGUGCUGACGCUCCCGAAGGAGGUUAUCCAGACGGAUGGCCAUCGCGAUGAGUGCGUCCAAUGAGAGGGUGUCGUCUCGGCAUGCCAACUCCGUCUGGAGUUAAUGUCAAGCCCUGCUCUAGGUCAAACGGCAUGACGGAUAUGAGGGUUUAAGUGAGCCUGCUUAUAACAGUGCCCCGUAUAGGCCAAUCGGUGCCAUUAAUCUUGACUCAUGGCCUUUAGUUUCAGUGCCAAAUUAGAAGAAAAGUUACCAAUCUGUGCUUCAGUUAUUUGACCAUGUCAAUAAAAAAUUAAUUCAGAGAACAGUUUCGCUGUGAACUCCUAAUAAAUUGCACUAACUAGACAUAAAAAUAAAGUUCUAAAACCAAGAAAACAAUACAUAAUCUUGGUAACUUUUUUUCUCCUGUAGUUUGAAGAAACUAAUUUGAAUGGAAUAAUAUAUAUUUUGUAAUGCUCCACUACCACUAUUCACUAUCUCAAUCUAUCCAACAAUGUCACCAACUCACCAAGCUUCUAAAUUACACAUGCAUAGUAUGAAGUUAAUUCACUGAUCCUUUGAUUGGAUGGACAACAUGUCUGUUCGUACUGCAAAAGCUUUGAUUGGUUAGAGGACGUCCUCCGGAAGUUGUCAUAAUUACCAUGUAGGUCUAUGGAAGGGGGUGAGGAGCACAAGCCUCCUAGGUUUUCUAUUGAAGUCAAUGUAGCCAGAGGAGGAUGGAAAAAAACUGUCCUCAUCUUCCAGCAUCCAUUAGAGGACCUGCUGUGUUUGCUGGAAGGCAGGCAGAAGAGCAAGGCUACCACCAUGGGCCACAGCAUCCUUAUGGAGUUUGAACGCUGGAGACUGACCAACCCAAUGUCAGUCUCAGUAAAGUAAAAUGAAAUAAAGUAAACUCAAAAUAUUUUUCUGUCAACAAGUAAAAAGGGUGCUAGGAAGGUACCAAAAAUCAAUCACGUAAAAAUGAAAAAAAAACUCACACUGUUACACGCACUGAUGAAGGCGGCAUGGCGCAACACAUACCUCAAACUGUUACACGCACUGAGGAAGGUGGCAUGGCGCAACACAUACCUCACACUGUUACACGCACUGAGGAAGGUGGCAUGGCGCAACACAUACCUCACACUGUUACACGCACUGAGGAAGGAGGCAUGGCGCAACACAUACCUCACACUGUUACACACACUGAGGAAGGUGGCAUGGCGCAACACAUACCUCACACUGUUACCCGCACUGAAGAAGGUGCAGGCCGAAACGUAUGCGUGUGGUUUAUUAAGACAUGUUGCUAUUAUGAGUGUGAAAUGGCUAGCUAGUUAGCGGUGUGCGCUAGUAGCGUUUCAAUCGGUGACGUCACUCGCUCUGAGACCAUGCAUUAGUUGUUUCCCUUGCUCCUCAAAGACCACAGCUUUUGUGGAGUGAUAGGUAACGAUGCUUCAAGGGUGACUGUUGUCGAUGUGUGCAGAGGGUCCCUGGUUCAAGCCCAGGUUGGGGUGAGGAAAGGGACGGAAGCAAUACUGUUACACCACUAAACCAAAAUUGGUUCUGUGAAUGUUCCCAGAACAUUCGUUAGGUUGUGGCAAAUGUUCUUAUAGCACAAAAACUGGCUAGUUGUGCUGAUGAUUAUUCAAUAUUUGUAUAAAUCAUUCGCCUGAUGUUGCAAGAACGUUCCCAGAACACAUUUAAUCUGUUCUUUACCUGGAAACCUAAUGAGAAUGUUUGAGGAAUGUUCUGUAGUGGUUGUUACAGAUGUUGUGCACAACAGGAUAUUUAAUGUAAUUCUUCAGGAUAUUUAAUUGAAAACAUUUUCUGACGCAAAACUUUUUUUUUGGGGGGGGGGGAUGUUAUUAUCCUAAUGUUAGAUAAAACCCUAACUAGAACUUCAUGGGAAUCUUGGCUAAUGUUCUGGGAAUGUUCCCGGAUUGCUGGGUGGUGACUAUAAAAAUAAACACAAAGUUGUACGUGCAAAUCGCCCACCCCCAGGUGACUCUCCAGACCGUCCCGGAGGCCUCUGAACUGGGGCUGCACCACCGCGCCCUCAGCCUCCACAUGGACCCUCUCAUAGACAUCUACCAGCUAGGGAAUUGAGACCGGAGCAUCCUGAGGCUGCAUAUCAUCAGACAGCAGGCUCUCAACUGCUACAGGGCGGUUUUCGUCCACGUUCACUCUCCUCGAUUACCUUUGACCUUUUUCAAAAGGAGGCGAGAGAGGACGGAGGAGAGAGGAGGCAGGAAUAGGGCCAUUAGAGCCCCUCUCUGUCCUCUCCCAGUGAGUGCUGUGCUCCUGUGAAAGCCCACAGUGCUGUUUUCCUGUGUCCUCUAUUACUUGUGAGAGAACAUCUGUGCAGCUUUUCUAGGCCUUUGAACACUGUCAAGACCGUGUCAGUAUACUGUUCUGUUCAUCAUGAUAUGGCCUCCCUGUCAAUGUGCUCUUGAGCAAGGCACUUAACCCUACUUGCUCCUGUAAGUCGCUCUGGACAAGGUUGUCUACUAAAAUGUAAAUGUGUGUGCAUUUGUGUGUGGUAUUGGAUGGAAAUCAAAUGGAUCAACAUGCUUGAGUCAGACAAAGCUAUGUUAGAUGAAUGUCAUAUACUUCAUGUUUUGAGUAAAGUAAUGUUGUAUUAAAUGUUGUUGUUUUUCAGGCAGCGCUUCUAAGCCGAAUGAAGUGGAUAUGGAGGAGGUGAGAGUUUCAGUGUUAUCAAAAUAUAAUGUGUGUGUGUCUAUUGUGCGAGUUUGUGUGUCUGUGUGUGUGUGUGUGUGAGUGUGUGUGUGUGUGUGUCUGUGUGUAUGUGAGUGAGUGAGUGUGUGAGUGUGUGUGUGUUGCAUAUGUGAUCCUGCAGGACAAGCUGCCUAUGGCUGAGUCAUUUGUGAGGGGCCAUCCUAAACUGGAGGAAUGCAUGGUCAGACUGCUAGACUCCGGGUGCCAGCCUGACUAUAGCAUAGCACAAAUACGCAGGUAUAGUUUGUGUGUGUGUGUCUGUUACGUUUGUUCUGUUGUUUAUGAUUCCUUGUGCUUCACUGCAGGCAGUUCCCUCUCCAAACAUCAAACUGACCAAAUCCAGCCUAAGAUGCUCAGCAAACAAGUGCUUCGACUGCUGGAGAAAUUCAACAUCGACCCUGGUGUGUGUGUGUGACUGUGUGUUCUGAUAGUUCCCAUGUGUAAUACUGAUCAUCAGUGUGCCUGCUCAACAUUUUCAAUGGUUUAAUUUUUCACUUUGCAGCGCUGUGUCCCAAUUCAGUGUAGAAGCGUAAAUCGGACUCUGCGUUUCCUCAUGUAUAAAAGGUUUGUGGAUGUAAGCAGGCUGGGGCCUUCAAUACGAUACAUUUUACUUUGACAUUCUAGUCAUUUAGCAGGCUUUCUUAUGCAAAGCCACUUGCAAUCAGUGCAUUCAAAUAAAGUAGGUAAAACCACAAUAGUUUUUUUGGUAAUGUUUCCUUUUGAUCCUCUGCUUUCCUUCCCAUUCACGUUGUCUUCCCACCCCCUCUGUCUUUCAGAAAGGCAUGUCUGGGGAGAACUGGGGUGACCACGUACAGGUACGUUUAAAAACAUUUAUAAACUUUUACAAGCAUUUCAAAUGUUUUAUUCAUGAAAGUCAUUAAGUGUUACCCUCAGUAUCUCAGUCAUUAGUUGAUUGAUUGUAUGUGUUCAAAUAUUGACGAAUAUGGUCAGUCUAAAGUGGCAGACGAUCCAGAGCUGCAGAUUCAGUUGGUGGAGCUGGUGGUCAAAUAUGGUGGGAUGGUCAACGCUGCCCAGUGAUCACUACUCUACGGUCUCCCCAAAGACAGGAUCCCGUUUGGGGUGUGGGACAAUGGAGGGGCUGCAGCGCUGCAGAGAUGUGGUUAUACAGGUACAACGGACCAUAGAAGUAGAAUGAUCCACCUAUGUUGACUUCAAUGGGAAUGUCCAUUCUAGUCAUUCUAAAUUAUUUCUAUGCAACUGACCAAUGUCUUCACUGGCUGGCUUGUGUAACCUUGUAGAUGUAAAGAUGAUAAUAAUACAGUAGUAAACAUUAUUCAAAUAGCACCUUUCAUUCUUACCGCCCUGUCAGUGCUCUAUGUACAAUCACCUAUGAAAUAUAAUAAGGCAAGAAAACAGUACUGAUAAGCAACACUGACCUUACUGACUUGCAUGUAUUGUUUUGUAUUGCACUGUUGGAGCUACGAACAUAAUCAUUUCACAUAACAUCUGCAAAAUAUGUGUAUGCGACCAAUAACAUUUGAUUUGAUUUGAAUACACCCCAGGUCUGAUGUCUAUCUGUCUGUCCAUCUGUCUGUCAUUCCUUCUGGUCACAUGGCCCCAGUUCUCUGAGGAACAUCUCAACGUGCACCAACGGGUACAGUACACUUGGUUCAGCUGCACUUAUAGUGACCAAUAAAAUGUGAUUUGAUUUGAUUUUAUAUAGAUUGUCUGACACAAUGGAACAAUGAAAUACUCAAAAAAGUGCAAAUCCUGCCCAUAUAGCACUCCAGGCAGGCUUAAUGAAACGUUCAAAGAUCUAUAUUUAUAUUCACCAACGGGUACAGUACACUUGGUUCAGCUGCACUUAUAGUGUCUUAGUCUAACCCUAAUCCUGUCCCUAGAGGGGCUUUUACAUACUGUAUUACAUUUACUUUUUAGUCAUUCAAUCAAAUUAAAUCAAAUUUUAUUUGUCACAUACUAGUGUUUAGCAGAUGUUAUUGCGGGUGUAGCGAAAUGCUUGUGCUUCUAGCUCCGACAGUGCAUUAAUAUCUAACAAGUAAUAUCUAACAAUUUCACAACAUAUACCCAAUACACACAAAUCUAAGUAAGGAAUGGAAUUUAAGAAUAUAUACAUAUAUGGACAAGCAAUGACAGAGCGGUAUGGACAAAGAUACAGUAGAAUAUUAUAGAAUACAGUAUAUACAUAUGAGAUGAGUAAUGCAAGAUAUGUAAACAUUAUUAAAGUGACUAGUGUUCCAUUUCUUAAAGUGGCCAGUGAUUUCAAUAGGCAGCAGCAGCCUCUAAUCUGCUAGUGAUGGCUAUUUAACAGUCUGAUGGCCUUGAGAUAGAAGCUGUUUUUCAUUCUCUUGGUCCCGGCUUUGACCAGUCUCAGCUCUUAUCCAGAGCGACUUACAGUUAGUGCAUUCAUCUUAAGAUAGCUAAUAGGUGGGACAACCACAUAUCACAGCCGUAGAAAGUACAUUUUUCCUCAAUAAAGUAGCUAUCAGCAAAGUCAGAGCUAGUUAAAAAAAAAAAAGUCAAGUACGAGUAUUAGUUCGCAAAAAGGCAUUUUUGGGGGAGGGAGGGGUCGGGGCGAGGAUGGGUGCGAGGGGGGGUGCUCUGGGAUUAUUUAAGAUACUCUUUGAAGAGGUUGGGUUUCAGAUGUUUUCUGCUGUCCUAGCUUCAGGGAGAAGCUGGUUCCACCAUUGGGGUGCCAGGACAGAAGAGCUUGGACUGGGUUGAGUGGGAGCUGCCCUCCCGUAGGUGCGGGAGGGCCAAGAGACCAGAGGUGGCAGAACGUAUUUACUUUGGGGUCAUAAGAUUAAGUUAAAAUGGGCCCUAUUAUUACCAAUGUUAUCACAAUAUUCUAAACAUUGACCUGUAUCCUAUGUGUGUGAUCCCCAGAUCCAGCAUAGUGCUAGCAGUCGUGGUAACAGCGGGCAACCUCGUAGGGUGCUGGUUGGGGAGGGCCCAACAGAGAAGGGUCUCAGUCUACUGGUCCAGCGGUGAUGGAAUAGCUGUGUAACUGGGAGAGACGACCACUGAGGAUGAGUCAGCUACGAUAAGGCAGUUAUAUACACACACUCAUGCAGGCACACACACACACACACUAGCUCUGCUACGCAGGUACACAAGUAGGCACGCACACACACACCAACUGGGAGAGAUGACUGCUCCGGACCAGCCAGCCCCGCUACGCAGGUGAGCAGCCUGUUGUCAUCUUUAGUAUUCUCUCAGUGCUGGAGAAUGUGAGAAGAAUUCCUGAAAAGGCCAAUAAAGUGAACUGUAGCCUUGUUCCGAUGUCCAUAAUUACUAUCAUACCUCUUAGAAUGCAUGCCCAAUACAGUUUAUGACCUCAUACUUCAGUAGUAUGCUAGUGUGGACACUGAAACGCUGUCUGUCUCUGACGAGAUAGAGAGAUAAAGGGACAGACGAUACUAUCUCUCUCUCUCUUUUGAUGUUCUCUGUCUUAUCUUUUUGUCUCUCUUAUCUCUAAAUCUUGUAUUUUUUCCCAGUGUUUUUCUCUCACGCCUUCUCACGCCUUCCUUCAAGCCCUCUCUCUCUCUCUCUCUCUCUCUCUCUCUCUCUCUCUCUCUCUCUCUCUCUCAAUUUCAAUUUAAGGAGCUUUAUUGGCAUGGGAAACAUUGCCAAAGCAAGAGAAAUAGAUCAUAAACAAAAGUGAAAUAAACAAUAAAAAAUGAACAGUAAACAUUACACUCACAAAAAUUCCAAAAGAAUAAAGACAUUUCAAAUGUCAUAUUGUGUCUAUAUACAGUGUUGUAACAACGUGCAAAUAGAUAAACUCUCUCUCCCUCUCUCUCUCUCUCUCUCUCUCAAUUCAAUUCAAAGGUCUUUAUUGCCAUGGGAAACACAUAUUUACAUUGCCAAAGCAAGUGAAAUGGAUAAUAAACAAAAGUGAAAUAAACAAUCCAAAAUCAAAAAAGUCAAACAGUAACCAUUACACUCACAAAAAUUCCAAAUAGUACAAAUAGCUAAAGUACAAAAGGGAAAAUAAACAUAAAUAUGGGUUGUAUUUACAAUGGUGUUUGUUCUUCACUGAUUGCCCUUUUCUUGUGGCAACAGGUCACACAUCUUGCUGCUGUGAUGGCACACAUAUGGGAGGUUAUCAAAAUUGGAUUUGUUUUUGAAUUCUUUGUGGGUCUUUGUAAUCUGAGGGAAAUGUGUGUCUCUUAUAUGGUCAUACAUCUGGCAGGAGGUUAGGAAGUGCAGCUCAGUUUCCACCUCAUGUGGGCACUGUGCACAUCUCUCUCUCUCUCUCUCUCUCUCUCUCUCUCUCUCGCGCUUUCUCUCUCUCUCUCUCUCUCUCUCUCUCUCUCUCUCUCUCUCUCUCUCUCUCUUCUCUCCUCUCCCCCCUUUCUUACUCUCACCCCCCCUUUCUCUCUCUCCUCUCCCACCUCCUCUCGCUUUCACCACCCCCCCCCCCCCCCCCCCCCCCCCCCCCACCACCCCCCCAAGUGGAAUAGAUAAUUAACAAAAGUGAAAUAAACAAUCAAAAAUGAACAGUAAACAUUACUCACAAAGGUUUCAGAGGAAUAGAGACAUUUCAAAUGUGUUAUAACGAUGAUACAUUUGGCAGGAGGUUAGGAUGUGCAGCUCAGUUUCCACUUCAUUUUGUGGGUAGUGUGCACAUAGCCUGUCUUCUCUUGAGAGCCAGGUCUGCCUACGGCGGCCUUUCUCAAUAGCAAGGCUAUGCUCACUGAGUCUGUACAUAGUCAAAGCCUUUCUUAAUUUUGGGCCAGUCACAGUGGUCAGGUAUUCUGCCACUGUGUACUCUUUAUUUAGGGCCAAAUAGCAUUCCAGUUUGCUCUGUUUUUUGGUAAAUUCUUUCCAAUGUGUCAAGGAAUUAUAUUUUUUUCUUCUCAUGAUUUGGUUGGGUCUAAUUGUGUUGUUGUUGUUAUUGUCCUGGGACCCUGUGGGGUCGGUUUGGGUUUGUGACCAGCUUGCUUAGUCGACACUUCUCUAGGUUAAUCUCUCUGUAGGUGAUGGCUUUGUUAUGGAACGUUUGUGAAUCGCUUCCUUUUAGGUGGUUGUAUAAUUUAACGGCUCUUUUCUGGAUUUUAAUAAUUAGCAGGUAUCGGCCUAAUUCUGCUCUGCAUGCAUUAUUUGGUGUUUUACGUUGUACACAGAGGAUGUUUUUGCAGAAUUCUGCAUGCAGAGUCUCAAUUUGGUGUUUGUCCCAUUUUGUGAAUUCUUGGUUGGUGAGCGGACCCCAGACCUCACAACCAGAAAUAGCAAUGGGUUCUAUAACUGAUUCAAGAAUUUCUUGCCAGAUCCUAAUUGGGAUGUCGAAUUUUAUGUUCCUUUGGAUGGCGUAGAAGGCCCUUCUUGCCUUGUCCCUCCUUGGUUGGGGACAGAAGCACCAGAUCAUCAGCAAACAUCAGACAUUUGACUUCAGAUUCUAGUAAAGUGAGGCAGGGUGCUGCAGACUGUUCUAGUGCCUUCGCCAAUUCAUUGAUAUAUAUGUUGUAGAGGGUGGGGCUCAAGCUGCAUCCCUGUCUCACCCUACGGCCCUGUGGAAAGAAAUGUAUGUGUUUUUUGCCAAACAAAAGCCAUAGCCAUAAUAUGACAUUUAAAAUGUAUCUACAGUGCAUUCGAAAAGUAUUCAAACCCCUUGACUUUUUCCACAUUUUGUUACGUUACAGCCUUAUUCUAAAAUUGAUUAAAUUGUGUUUUUUCCUCAUCAAUCUACACACAAUACCCCAUAAUGACAAAGCAAGAUGACCAGUCAAAAGUUUGGACACACCUACUCAUUCAAGGAUUUGUCUUUAUUUAAUUUUUUUAAUUACAUUGUUGAAUAAUAGUGAAGACAUCAAAACUAUGAAAUAACACAUGGAAUCAUGUAGUAACUAAAAAAAGUGUUAAACAAAUUGAAAUAUAUUUUAUAUUUGAGAUUCUUCAAAUAGCCACCCUUUGCCUUGAUGACAGCUUUGCACACUCUUGGCAUUCUCUCAACCAGCUUCAUGAGGUAGUCACCUGGAAUGCAUUUCAAUUAACAAGUGUGCCUUCUUAAAAGUGAAUUUGUGGAAUUUAUUUCCUUCUUAACGCGUUUGAGUCAAUCAUUUGUGUUGUGACAAGGUAAGGGGGUAUACAGAAGAGAAACGACAGUCCAUCAUUACUUUAAGACAUGAAGGUCUGUCAAUACGGAACAUUUCAAGAACUUUGAACGUUUCUUCAAGUGCAGUUACAAAAACCAUCAAGCGCUAUGAUGAAACUGGCUCUCUGUUACAGGAGGGGGUCACAGUUCCGGAGCGACCCACUAGGUGUCAUCCUCCGACAACCUUAGGCACCUCCUCACUCACAGUCUGGACUAAUCAUUAUUCUAUUGGUAUCACCUGUGUCUACCUGUUCACCUGUGUAUUUAUGCCCUCACUUCCCUGUGUUCCUUUGCUCUGUUCUCUCUGCUAGUUUCUCGAUGCCAAACAGUACUAAUCAGUGUCUGAUCGCGAGACAUAUGUACAGGCACUUGAGAAGUGUUCUCCCUGUUUCAUUGUUGUUUUCAGUCGUAGUUAGUAUUUCGUAUGUUUGCUGUCAGCCUGUUUUUGGAGACCAAUUUGCUCCUCCUUUAUUUUAUUGUGACAAGUCCAUUAUUUUGUAUCCUGGUUUUGGAACCACCAGUAAAGAUACUUGUUUCACCAUCUCUGCCUACUGCCUACUGUCUAUCCUGCACCACACCUGGGUCACACCUCACACCAACCCUUAAAUUCUCAUGAGGACCGCUACAGGAAUGGAAGACCCAGAGUUACCUCUGCUGCAGAGGAUAAGUUCAUAAGACUUACCAGUCUCACAAAUUGUAACCCAAAUAAAUGCUUCACAGAGUUCAAGUAACAGACACAUCUCAACAUCAACUGUUCAGAGGGGACUGUGUGAAUCAGGCCUUCAUGGUCGAAUUGCUGCAAAGAAACCACUACUAAAGGACACCAAUAAUAAGAAGAGACUUGCUUGGGCCAAGAAACAUGAGCAAUGGAAAUUAGACUGGUGGAAAUGUGACCUUUGGUCUGGAGUCCAAAUUGGAGAUUUUUGGUUCCAACCGCUGUGUCUUUGUGAGACGCGGUGUGGGUGAAUGUACGAGCUCCGCAUGUGUAGUUCUCACCGUAAAGCAUGGAGGAGGAGGUGUUAUGGUGUGGGGGUGCUUUGCUGGUGACACUGUCUGUGAUUUAUUUAGAAUUCAAGGCACACUUUACCAGCAUGGUUACCACAGCAUUCUGCAGCGUUACGCCAUCCCAUCUGGUUUAGGCUUAGUGGGACUAUGACCUGGCCUCCACAAUCCCCCGACCUCAACCCAAUUGAGAUGGUUUGGGAUGAGUAGGACAGCAGAGUGAAGGAAAAGCAGCCAACAAGUGCUCAGCAUAUGUGGGAACUCCUUCAAGACUGUUGGAAAAGCAUUCCAGGUGAAGCUGGUUGAGAGAAUGCCAAGAGUGUGCAAAGCUGUCAUCAAGGCAAAGGGUGGCUAUUUGUUUUGAUUUGUUUAACACUUUUUUGGUUACUACUUGAUUCUAUGAGUGUUAUUUCAUGGUUUUGAUUUCUUCACUAUUAUUCUACAAUGUAAAAAAUAGUACAAAUAAAGAAAACCCCUUGAAUGAGAAGGUGUGUCCAAACUUUUGACUGGUACUGUAUAUAUAUAUAUUCUAAUAUCACAUUUACAUAAGUAUUCAGACCCUUUACUCAGUACUUUGUUGAAGCACCUUUGGCAGCGAUUACAGCCUUGUGUAUUCUUGGGUAUGACGCUACAAGCUUUGCACAUCUGUAUUUGGGGAGUUUCUCUCAAUUUUCUCUGCAGGUCCUCUCAAGCUCUGUCAGGUUGAAUGGGGAGCGUCGCUGCACAGCUAUUUUCAGGUCUUUCCAGAGAUAUUUCAUUGGGUUCAAGUCCGGGCUCUGUCUGGGUCACUCAAGGACAUUCAGAGACUUGUCCCGAAGCCACUCCUGCGUUUUCUUGGCUAUGUGCUUAGGGUCAUUGUCCUGUUGGAAGGUGAACCUUCGCCCCAGUCUGAGGUUCUGAGCACUCUGGAGCAGGUAUUCAUCAAGGAUCUCUCUGUACUUUGCUCUGUUCAUCUUUCCCUCGAUCCUGACUAGUCUCCCAGUCCCUGCCGCUGAAAACAUCCCCACAGCAUGAUGCUGCCACAACCAUGCUUCACCGUAGGGAUGGUGCCAGGUUUCCUCCAGACGUGAUGCUUGGCAUUCAGGCCAAAGAGUUCAAUCUUGGUUUCAUCAGACCAGAGAAUCUUGUUUCUCAUGGUCUGAGAGUCUUUAGGUGCCUUUUGGCAAACUCCAUGCGGUCUGUCAUGUGCAUUUUACUGAGGAGUGGCUUCUGUCUGGCCACUCUACCAUAAAGGCCUGAUUGGUGGAGUGCUGCAGAGAUGGUUGUCCUUCUGGAAGGUUCUCCCAUCUCCACAGAGGAACUCUGGAGCUCUUUCAGAGUGACCAUUGGGUUCUUGGUCACCUCCCUGAUCAAGGCCCUUCUCCCCCGAAUGCUCAGUUUGGCCGGGCGGCCAGCUCUAGGAAGAGUCUUGGUGGUUCCACACUUCUUCCUUUUAAGAAUGAGGGAGGCCACUGUGUUCUUGGGGACCUUCAAUGCUGCAGAAAUGUUUUGUACCCUUCCCCAGAUCUGUGCUUCGACACAAUCCUGUCUCGGAGCUCUACAGACAAUUCCUUCGACCUCAUGGCUUGGUUUUUGCUCUGACAUGCCCUGUCAACUGUGGAACCUUAUAUAGACAGGUGUAUGCCUUUCCAAAUCAUGUCCAAUCAAUUUAAUUUACCAUAGGUGGACUCCAAUCAACUUGUAGAAACAUCUCAAGGAUCAUCAAUGGAAACAGGAUGCUCAAUUUCGAGUCUCAUAGCAAAGGGUCUGAAUACUUAUGUAAAUAAGUUAUUUUUUUUUAUUUUUUUUUAUAAAUUUGCAAAACAUUCUAAAAACCUGUUUUCAUUUUGUCAUUAUAGGGUAUUGUGUGUAGAUUGAUGAGGAAAAAUGUAAUUGAAUCAAUUUUAGAAUAAGGCUGUAACGUAACAAAAUGUGGAAAAAGUCAAGGGAUCUGAAUACCUUCCGAAUGCACUAUAUUUGUCUGAAACUUUUGUGAGUGUAAUGUUUACUGUUCAUUUUUGAUUAUUUACCUUUCACCCCCCCCCCCCCCCCCCCCCUCUCUAUCUCUCUCUCUUUUCUCUCUCACUCUCUCUACAGCUCUCGAUGCGUACUACUUACUGGACGUCUACUCAGCCCUCUCCCAGGAUCCAGCAUGCUUUGAGCUGCCACAAGACCGCUUCAGACGGAGAAGAGUAAAGAAGAGAAGAAGAAGAAAGAAGAGAAGAAGCCAGUCGCCGAGGGGUCAGAGGCUAACUAAUUCUCCUCCACAUCAUGACACCACUGUUUUGUUUUUGUUUAGGGUCAGCCAGGAAUGUCAUGGCUGCAGUUUUUUGGCUACAGAUUGAAUACUCCCUUGAUAGGAAGGCCUGGGGAAAUGUACAUUUUGGUGCAUCAAAAACAAUUCAGUUACAAUUCAGUUACAACACAAUUCAUGACAAGUUCACACAACCAAGAGCUUCAAUAGUCUUAUUCUACAACAUGGAACCGAGCAAUAUGAGUCUUUGGGAUAUGAAUGUGUUAUGUAAGGCUUAUGACUGUGUAAUGAAGUAGUUAUAUAGGUACCUUUCAAAUAAAGUGUUGCCGAAUGUCUUUUGUACCUGUUAAACGGCAACCUGGGGGUUUCUAGUCAGGUUUAAUCUGGUCUCUGUCUCUCUCCAUGUUAUCAGGGGUGUCAUGAGGACUCAGUGGCCCCAUCCUCACCCCAAAGACCAACCCCGACCCUAGGCCCAGAAAAGAGCCCCCAGCCUGGGGAGGAGAGCCAGGGAUCCCAGGUCCCCCCAUGGCCCCACAGCAGCUGCGUGUGGUGUGUGACAACGUGCUGCUACUGGAGAAUACUGACGACCACAGGGUGGCUGCAAAGGUGGGAUAGAAGUAUAGAGGCACCCCCCUUUUUGCUCUCAGAACAGCCUCAAUUUGUCGGGGCAUGGACUCUACAAGGUGUCAAAAGCGUUCCACGGCGAUGUUGGCACAUGUUGACUCCAAUGCUUCCCACAGUUGUGUCAAGUUGGCUGGAUAUCCCUUGGGUGGUGGUCCAUUCUUGAUACACACAGGAAACUGUUGAGCGUGAAAAACCCAGCAGCGUUGCAGUUCUUGACACAAACCGGUGCGCCUGGCACCUACUACCAUACCCCGUUCAAAGGCACUUAAAUAUUUUGUCUUACCCAUUCACCCUCUGAAUGGCCCACAUACACAAUCCAUGUCUCAAUUGUCUCAAGGCUUAAAAGUCCUUCUUUAACCUGUCUCCUCCCCUUCAUCUAGACUGAUUUAAGUGGAUUUAACAAGUGACAUCAAUUAGGGAUCAUAGCUUUCACCUGGAUUCACCUGGUCAGUCUAUGUCAGGUGUUCAUAAUGUUUUGUAUACUCAAUGUAUAUAUAUAUAUACACACACACACACACACGCAGAGAUUCAACAUAAUUAUUUUCUGUUCCUCAGUUAGCCCAAACCACCCAAGUCAUAGCCUGUUCUCUCUGCUACCGCACUGCAAGCGGUACCGGAGCGCCAAGUCUGGGAGCAAAAGGCUCCUGAACAGCUUUUACCCCCAAGCCAUUAGACUGCUGACCCGUUAAUCAAAUGGCUACCCGGACUAUUUGCAUUGACCCCCUUUUUUUGCACUGACUCUCUUGCAGUGGCUCUAUGCACACUCACUGGACUCUACUCACACAUACUACACUGACACUCCAACACACACACACACUUUUACACACUACUUAUGCUCACACACACAAAACACACACAUACAUGCAUAUUGAUGCCACACUCACACACACACACAGUUACAUGCUAUACAUGAUGUCAGAGCGCUGUCUCUGCGCUUCACAGUGCGGUAUGGAUUUUGACUGAUAGCCGUUCUGAACUUGAGCACCUCACGCGAUACAAAGUUGCCCCAUCCCUCCUGCUAAUUUUGUUGUCUGAAUGAGGGAAAUGCUGUAAAUUAAAAAAACUAUGUAUUUAAAAAAAUUAGACGUUGAGGAUGACAAUAAAUACCUCUUUGAUGUCAUACAAGCUAGCCAAACACCCGUGAGUCCAAAUGAGCACUUCAUAUUUCCAUAUCAUAAAAAUCAUGUCUCAAUGUCUAUGAUCACUAUGUUUGAUAUACCAGUUACACGAUGACAUGGCGUCAUACCCUGGGUUGUUCAGAAUGAGCCUAUGUUUGUCUAUUGUGAAGAAAAUUAUCUGCAGCACACGCACCUGAAUGCACUCAUGAUCCUUUCUAUGCACGCCAAAAUUAUUAUCUGUUUCCCUGAAUUGCAUUGUGAAAGCCUAACAUUGUAAUAUCGUAUUUUAUAACUAGUCAUGUUGGCAAUAGAACAAGCUUUCAAAUGAUGCCUAACCCAGAUUGCUAUUUCUAAUGUUUUUGGAUUGCGUAAACAACAACAGUAAUUGUGUGAUGACGUGGAUGCAGGGUUGCGUUCCAAACAAUAACACUACAAGUGUGCUUGCUCUGGUUCCUCAACCGCACAGCUUGAAGAGUAAAAAAAAAAGCAUAUUAUAGUUGAAGAUUGUUCUUUGAGUCAUAAAAGUGCAUUAAAAUUACUUAGGAACUUUGCACAUUUUGGAGAGGUGUGUGGCCACUUAGUUAGUCCUUUCAUUCAAACCCUUUGUUUUGUCUUAUGUUGCACCUACCCCACAUUCUCCAGGAAUAUUCGUAUCAUGUUACUAAAUGUAUUUUGAUUUCGUUAUCAACAAAUGCGUCAAAGUAUGGUACAUGUAAAAUGCACAUGAAAUCAACAGUGUAUGGAUUCGGUCUCGUGUCAGGUGAACUGUUGUGUCCUCAACUUUGGUCUAAUACUUUUCCGUAAUCUCCAAACUGUUCCCUUUCAAUUUCUACCAUGGUUAUGCAUCAUGCUUUUCAUAUUUCUUCUGUAAGAAACAUUUCAAUUAGCCCUAUCCAUAUAGACCAAUUCCAAAGAGUGUUAAGGGUUAAAGAAGGGUGUGAAUCUCUUAUGACCAUAAAUGACAGAAGAAACAUUGGUUGCUAGGGUGAUAUGUAUGGAAUAAGGCAUGAAAGCUCAUGGUAGUUUAGUUUAGUUAUGUUUAAUUUAUUAGUCAUGAAUUAUAUAUUUUUGAAAACAUGCUACAGCAUGAAUAACACACGGCUGUUAGUCAGGCAUGUACAUAGGGAUGACGUGUUAGCAGAGUUAUUUGUCAGUCAUUUGUCCUUCAAGCGGAUGUCCAGUACAGUAUCUUUAAGACAAAUGUAAUGGCCUGGAAUGGUGGAAUGGAGCUGAGUGUGUCAGGAAGUAGCAGAGAGAUAGAGUCGCACUGGAGACCAGAUUCCUGUGAAUCAUAAUGUUUGAAGUGCCUUCUGUGGUAAUCACUGGAACAAUGGGAUAUUUACUGGGUGCUGUAAACAGGAGGAGACUGCUGGGAACCAACAGGACAGACAGAGCAGAGAGAGAGCCCAGGCACAGCGAGGAGAGGAGGGCAGAGAGGAGGAUGGGGGAGAAGGAGAUGGAUUUAGAGCAGAGCAAG